CCAAGGGUAUUUAAUUACAGACACCGCUAAAUUCUGCUCCUAUUUUCAGUAGCCUUCAUACAGAAGUUAGUUCACUCACUUACCACUUUGCAAAAGCAAAAAGCCCUUUCCCUCUUUCAAACUCUCUCAAAACGAAACGCCUUUUUUAACACAAACCCAAAAACUCCUCUGCCUUCUUCCUUCAAAACCUUCAAACCCAUUUGCCAAGAAACCAUCUAAUCCUCCCUCUCCCACUCUUUCUCUUGCCAAAGUAGUAGUAAUCACUAACAAAGCUUGUUAGUUAGCUUGAAUUAUUUGGCGCUCAAAGUCAAAAUAAAAAAAAAUGGCUCUCGAAGAGGACCAAGACUCCAACACUUUGCAAUGGGAAGUGUCAGUGACAUUGUCGUCCAACAAACCCGUCAUCGGCUCCGAAAUCUUUACCACUGAAACCAAACUUGUCAAUUCAUAUCAUACAAUUGGCUCUCUCCCACCGCCACCACAUUCUUUCGUUUACACCUGGUAUCGACAUAGCAUUCCUUGUUCUGUACACCGUCAUAAAUUGGCUACUGUUCAGUGCAGCUCUUGUGCAAAAUUGAAUGCAUCAGUUGAGAAAAGCUACCAUUGCUCUUCAAAGUGCUUCUCGGAUGCAUGGAAUAAACAUAAGAAAUAUCAUCAUUGGGCAGCUAAUGCUGCUAGAAAUAAUUCAACCGGCAAUCAGCAAGAUGUUAAGAAACUCAGGAGUUCUGGCUCUUGGCCAAACUUAAUUGAUGGCUCAGUACUUGAUGAGAAUUCAGUAAUGGUGGAAGAAGAUAACUUAUGGAUUAAGGUGGGCUCCUCGAAUACUUAUGUACCCACACUGUAUGAUUGUGAUUUUAGAUUGAGGCUCCAUUCUGCAGCUGUAGACUCUUCACUGGGUACUCGUUUGUCUCUAGAUAAUAUUGUAGUGACUGAUCCUGUGAUUAAACCUUCUCAUCCUCCUCGAAAAAUGAUCCAUCUGCAGAACACUUUGAACUUGAAUCUUAAAGCCCAAUCUUCUAAUGAUGUAGUUUUUAGUGUGCUGUCCUAUAAUAUCCUUGCUGAUUCGUUGUCAAUUAAUGCUCUCGGUUACUGCCCAAAAUGGGCUCUUGCAUGGGAAUACCGUCAAGAGAAUUUGCUCAAAGAGAUCAUUAAAUAUGAUGCAGAUAUACUCUGUCUUCAGGAGGUACAGUGUGACCAUUUUGAAAAUUUCUUUGAGCCUGAGCUGAAAAAACUUGGAUACUCAGUUAUGUACAAGAAAAAAACUGGAGCCGGGCUUUUUACAGCCGAGUCUGAAAAAUCAACAAAUCAUGGGUGUGCAACAUUUUACCAUAGUAAGCUGUUCAAAGAAAUUAUGAAAUAUGAGCUUGAGUUUGAUAAAGAGGCAUCAUCAGUGGUUAACGCUUUGGAGCCUAAAAUCAGAUUCAAAGGCAGCCAUCGCCUUACAUCAAAGGACAAUGUUGCACUAGUUGUUGUAUUAGAAUCACUACAAAAUGGCAGUAACAGGGAUGCCUUUCAAUCUAGAAUAUGCGUGGCAAACACCCACGUACAUUGGAGUAAAGGUCAUGAAGAUGUAACAUUAUUUCAGGUUGCACACCUUGUGAACGGACUUGAGAAAAUUGCCCAAUCACAACAAAUUCCUCUAAUAAUUUGUGGGGAUUACAACUCUCGUCCUGGAAGUGAUCCUCAUAACUUUGUAGUCAAGGGCAGCGUUGAUUGUAUUUUUGAGAAGGCAAAUGAUCCAUUGGGUAUAUAUCAGUAUCUCAAACUCCAUCAUUCACUGUCCCUGGUUAGUGCAUAUUCAUCUUUCUUACAUUCAGAUGGGGUUGAGGAACAACGGAGGAAGAUGAAUAGCCAAACCAGUGAACCUGCAUUUACCUACUUCUCAGAUAAAUUCUUCGGCACCUUAGAUUACAUAUUCUACACAGAUAACAGUUUGAUUGUUGAAAGUUUGUUGGAGCUUGUUGACCGUGAAAGCAUUGAUGGUAAUGGUAUUCCAUCGCCUGCUUGGCCGUCAGACCAUAUUGCCUUGAUUGCAAGUUUCAGAUUACGGCCGCCUUCCCACCAGGGACUGAGCCCACCACCUUUUCCUCUAAACCCUUGGCACUUAGCAACACUUAACUGAAGGAAGAGUGGGAGAAGUGAAGAGUGUGAGGAGAGAGGAGCAACGGGAAGAAAUGAGAAAGGGAGAGAAGAAAAAAGAAAAAAGAAAAGAAAAAAAGAAGUUAUUUAAAUAAUCUAACCAUUGUAAACACAAAAUAAAAUAAGGACAAAAUUUAGUUACAAAAUUAGUUAUAGCUUAAGGUUACAAUCUUACUCAAUAUCUUUUUAUUAGAGGUGAAUUUUGAGAAUUC